ACUGCUUGGACUACAUCUUCCAUGGUGCACAAUUCACAGUCAAAAUACUUCUGAUUUCAGACAAAAUAUAUCAGAUUACGGCUGAACUAUUUUAUGUUAUUUCCCCCUGAAAACAUGGAAUUUUCCAUGGGAAAUGGAAUAAAAUAAAACCCCAUUUUCCAAUUAGCUUUACACAUUACUCCCCUAUUAAAUAUUCUCUUUCGUAUCUCAUUUCUGUGACAAGGGAUAACACCAACCUUUACUGUACAUCAGAGGAGCCAUGGGAGAUAUUUUGAGAUAACCAUUGUUCCGUCCCCUCAUUUGCCUCUUCUUUGGUCGCAGAGAGAAUCUACAGGAUAAAUGGCACUGGGGAAUUAUACCACAGUGACUGGCUUCAUCCUCCAGGGAAUAACAGAAAAUCCAAAGCUGCAAAUCAUCCUCUUCAUGACAUUCUCCUUCAUCUAUUUCUGCACCCUGGUGGGGAAUCUAGGGAUGAUCAUGUUAAUCCGUGUUGAUUCCCGACUCCACACCUCCAUGUAUUUUUUCCUCAGCAGCUUGUCUCUCUUAGAUAUUGGCUACUCCUCUGUGAUUGCCCCAAAGACACUGGUCAUCUUUUCUACAGAGACUAAAGACAUUUCUUUUGCAGGGUGUGUGGUUCAGUUUUUCUUCCUCUCUCUUUGUGCCAACACCGAGCUUUGCCUCCUGGCAGUGAUGGCCUACGAUCGCUUUGUAGCCAUCUGCAAACCAUUGCUUUAUCAUGUAGUUAUGUCCAGGAGAGUCUGCAUCCAGUUGGUGGUGGGCUCUUAUCUCUAUGCUUUUGCCAGUGCAAUCACCCACACUAGUUCUUUGUUUUCUCUGUCCUUCUGCCACUUCAAUGUCCUUGAUCAUUUCUUCUGUGACAUCCCUCCUCUCCAAAAGAUCUCAUGCUCCAACACUCGCAUCGAUGAGCUGGUGCAUUUCACCUUUGCAGCUAUAGCAACCAUUGUAACCAUUGUGAUCAUCCUUGUCUCCUACACAUAUAUCAUCUUUGCCAUCCUGAGGAUCCGCUCUUCUGAGGGCAGGCGCAAAGCCUUCAACACCUGCGCCUCCCACCUGACGGUCGUUGCUCUGCUGUAUGGGACUCUCUUCUUUAUGUAUCUGCGCCCCAGCUCCAGUAACUCAGCAGAUCAGGAUAAAGUGGUGGCUGUGUUCUAUACCCUGGUGAUCCCCAUGCUGAACCCCCUGAUCUACAGCCUGAGGAACAAGGAGGUGAAGGACGCCUUGAGGAGAACAAUAUAUCAGAAAAUUAUUCCUCGCUGUAUGUAA